ACGUUUAGAAGGUUACCCUUAAACGCCGUCACAAUCACUCACACAAUUGGGGGUAAACGAUUAUGGAAGACGACGAUCCGAGCUUCGCUACCGAAACCCUAGAUCCGGCACUGCAGAAGAAGCACCAUGACAUGCUUGAGCGUCUCUCUGCUCGUCACCAAGCUCGAAAAUCCGAUUCACCUGAUACUUCCUCCUCCUCCUCCACUCUCGAAUCGACUUCCUCGUUUCUCGCUAAAUUCUCCGAUGCCAGGCGAUCCAUCGAGUCCCGAAUCGCUGAGUCACGAUUCGUUUCUUCCUCCUCCGCCUCCUCGUCUACGGAUCCGUCAAAGCAUAAAUCGGAUCUUGCUGACAUCUCCGUCGCGAUUAACGAUCUCGAGAAGCUUCUCGCUGAGAACUCGUAUUUCCUUCCUUCUUACGAGGUCCGAUCGUCUCUGAAAAUGGUAUCCGAUCUCAAACAGAGUCUCGAAAGUCUCUCCGCGGAGUUAAUCCCGAAGAAGAAGUUCUCGUUCAAGAGCAAAUCAACGAACAAAAAGCCGGAACCAAAACUCCCGGAGAUUCAGAAACCCGACGUCGUUUCACCUCCGAAUUUCCUCGUACCCGUACGCGAUUCUCCGGGAUUGAGGAACAAGCACGGAGAGACUCUGGUGAAAAGUUUCAAAGGCUCGUCGAUCGGAGAGUUCACAUUGUCGGAUCUCGAUUCAUGUCAAGUACAAUUAACAGGAACAGUUAACGCUCUGUUUCUUCACCGGUUGAAGAACUGUAACGUUUACACAGGUCCAGUGAUUGGUUCGAUUCUGAUCGACGACGUAGAAGAUUGUGUGCUAGUGUUGGCCUCGCAUCAGAUCAGAAUCCAUUGCGCUAGGAAGAGUGAUUUCUACCUGAGAGUGAGGAGUCGUCCCAUAAUUGAAGACAGUAAUGGUGUCAGAUUUGCUCCUUACUGUUUGGAUUACAAAGGGAUUGAGGAAGAUUUGAAGACGGCAGGUUUGGAUGAGGAGACUAACAACUGGGCCAAUGUGGAUGAUUUCCGGUGGCUUAGAGCUGUACAGUCGCCGAAUUGGUCAGUUUUGCCGGGAGAAGAAAGGGUUUCUUCGGUUUCCAUAUCCAGUAAUGCAGAUUCUUGAUCAGUUUCAGAUCAUCAGGUACCAAUUAAGGUUGGAAAUUUCAUACCAAACACUCUUUUAAACAAGUCUCUUUGUAUUCAAAGAACAUAAUUGUUUGUUCCAUUCCCAUGGCUUGAGGUGCCUUGAAUGUUACUCUUUUCUAUCAUGGUGAUGAAGAACCAAGCGAGCCAGCUUUCUUUACAUCAUUGCUUGUUUUUCUAUAUGUAAAACAUGGAGAGAUAAAAGAUA